AUGGCUUCCCCUUCUGAGGAGACCUCCAAAACCGAGCCGCAGAACUAUGUGGCAGUGCAGACACCUCGGUCGUCGCACCAAAUGCCCGAACAAAACUCGACGCAGGUCAAACAAGUAUCCUUGCUAGAGCUUUUCUCCUUUACAGACACAGCCGACAAACUGCUCAUGCUAUUGGGUACUCUCGGAGCCUUUGGUGCUGGUGUCCUGAGACCCAUUCUGGUCCUCCUGUACGGAGACAUCAUCAACGAUUUUGGUGAGGCCGGUGAAGGCGAGACGCCCACCCUCACCAUGUCCAGUGUCCGCACCGCAUCCCUCAAUUUCGCGAUCGUAGGUAUCGUCGGCUUUAUCGCCGCAUACCUGCAAGUCUACUGCUGGUCUCUCACGGCGUCACGUCAGUCCAAGCGCAUCCGUAGCCUCUACUUGUCGUCGCGCGUGGCCGACGCUACCAUCGCUAUCCAGGACGGCAUGGGCGCCAAGAUGAGCGACCUGUUACACUUCACCUCCACCAUCGUAUCGGGCAUCGCCAUCGCCAUGGCCAAGGGCUGGGAGCUUACACUGAUCCUGAUGGCCGUGGUGCCGUUCGUGACCGUGAGCGGUAUGAUGGCCAAGAAGGUGACCGUCGCCGCCAGCAACCGCAGCAUCCACUCGUACGCGCAGGCCGGCGCCGUAGCGCAGGAGUCGCUCAGCAACAUCCGCACGGUGCACAUGUUUAACUCCGUCGAGUACUUUAUUGAGAAGUACAGGCGAGCGCUUGAGGGAGCAACACUCGCUGGAAUCAAGAAGGAGUUUGCUGCUGGGUGGGGUACUGGACUUAUGAACAUGGUGCAGUUCCUCAUGUACGCGCUCGGCUUCUUCCUCGGUGCCGUGUUUGUGGCACGCGAUCAGCUGGACGGCAAUACGUGCAGUGGCUCAAGCUGCUACGACGCCGGACGAAUUAUGACAGUCUUCUUCUCCGCCACGAAGGGAACUUUGGCAAUUAGUCAGGCUGGCCCCAGUCUCCAGGCGGUCUACUCCGCAUGUGCUGCCGCUUUCGAUGUCUUUGAAGUGAUCAAGCGACCGUCGCUGAUCGAGCCCACCAACGACGACCAAGGCAAGAAACUCGAUCACGUUUCCGGAGAUAUCGACAUCGACAACGUGCAGUUCGCGUACCCAUCUCGUCCCGAAGUGGAGGUGUGCCGCGGAUACUCGCUCAAGAUCAAGGCUGGCGAGAAGGUGGCGCUGGUCGGUCCGAGUGGCAGUGGCAAGAGCACUGUGAUCUCGUUGCUGGAGCGCUUCUACGACCCGCUCGACGGCUCUGUCAAGAUCGACGGUGAGGACGUCCGCUCACUGAACGUGAAGUGGUUGCGACAGCAGAUCGGUCUGGUUGGGCAGGAGCCCGUACUGUUCGCGACGUCCAUCAUGGAGAAUAUUCGACACGGCCGGUCGGGCGCGUCGGAUAGUGAAGUCGUGGAAGCUGCCAAGAUGGCGAACGCGUUCAACUUCAUCAUGGAGUUUCCGGAGGGGUUUGCGACGGAAGUGGGCGAGCGAGGCGCUCAGUUGUCGGGAGGCCAGAAGCAGCGCAUUGCCAUCGCACGCGCUAUCAUUAAGAAUCCCCCGAUUCUGCUGCUGGACGAGGCGACGAGUGCGCUGGACACGGAGAGUGAGCGGAUCGUGCAGGCGUCUCUGGAUCGGUUGGUGGCGGGGUCGAACCGCACGACGAUCAUCGUGGCGCACCGCCUGUCGACGAUCCGGGAUGCCGACCGUAUUGCCGUGCACAGUGGCGGUCAGAUCGUGGAGCUCGGUUCUCAUGACGAGUUGCUGCGUAUCCCGAAUGGCCACUACCGUCUUCUGUUGGAAGCUCAGUCGUAUGCAACGUCUGAAGAGAAGAGCGAAUUAAGCGAGAACGAGCGUGGGGUGGGUCGAACGGAGGUAAAUCAUCACGAAGGCAUGCAGCUUGAAUGUUCUUGGGCGUCGAGCAAGUCCGGUGUGCUGGAUAUUGGUACCUACAACACAAGCAAAACCAACGACAACGACAGUGACGAUGAAGCCAUCCCGAAAGUUUCAUCGUUGCGCAUCUGGAAAAUGGGUCUGCCAGAAUGGAAGUUCAUUGCCAUGGGUGGAGCGUCUUCGGUAUUUAAAGGAUCCGUAUACCCAUUAUCUGGUAUGUUCAUCGCCAAGAUCAUUCAUUUGUACUUCGAGCUUCAGAAGACGAAACGCGAGAUGCUUCACGACAUGCGCUACUAUUCAUUAGCUCUCGGCUGCAUCGCGGUCGUGUGUUGCACGUCUUUCACGCUAACCGAGUACUGGUUUGGUAUCGCUUCAAGUCGAUUGAUCAGCCGGGUCCGUCUCGCGACAUACAGCGGUAUGCUGCACCAGGAAGUGGGCUGGUUUGACCUCAAAGAAAACGCGUCGGGCACUCUUGUGUCUCAACUGACAGCCGAUUCCGCGAUUCUCCAGUCAAUUACAUCGGACUUUCUCAACCGAAGUCUUAUGAUCGUCACGACCUUCACCGUCAUAUUCGUGAUAUCCUUCUCGUACAGUUGGGAAAUGACCCUCAUUAUGCUCGCUAUUACUCCCUUCCUGGUUGGCGCCAAUUUAGUGCGUGUGAAACAAAUGGCAGGACAAAUGAACGCAAAGAAAAACAACGACGCCGACGCCGCCGCGGGGUUCCUUCUUUCUGAGACCGUCGAUUCGAUUCGCACCGUCGCAUCAUUUGGCAUGGAAAAGUCCGUGACUGCUCGGUACACGUCGUUCCUGAACGUCUCCAAUGAUCUAGACAAGAAGCUAAGUGUAUCUGGAGGUGCUUCAUUUGGACUGUCCCAAGGUAUGAUCUUCUGGGUCUUGGCGUUCGUCUUCUACAUUGGCGGGAUUUUAGUCUCGCACGGAACGAUCAGCUUUGAGGACCUUUUCGUUGUUCUCGUAGUCUUCAUGAUGGGAUCCUUCAGUGUUAGCAUGGCUUCGCAAGGAUCCGUGGAUGGCGAGAAGGCGAAGCGAGCCGCAGCCAACGUGUUCAAAAUCAUCGACCGCGUGCCGAAGAUCGACGCCACGUCCACUGCAGGGACCGUGCUGCCUAGUGUCCAAGGCAACAUUGACUUCAAGGACCUCGCGUUCGCGUACCCGUCGCGGCCGGACGCCGUCAUCUACCAAGGCUACAAUCUGUCUGUUCGACGUGGGCAGACGGUGGCUUUGGUGGGCGCGAGCGGUAGCGGCAAGAGUACGGCUAUCGCACUAUUGGAGCGCUUCUACGACCCGUCGUCGGGCAUGGUGACGCUGGACGGCCACGACGUGCGUAGCCUGAGUUUGCCAUGGUUACGCGAUCGCAUCUCGUUAGUGAGCCAGGAGCCCGUACUGUUCUCGGGCACGAUCGCGGAGAAUAUCGCUCUGGGCAAACCUGGUGCGAGUCGUGCAGAGGUGGAGGCGGCGGCAAAGAGUGCCAACGCCUUCGACUUCAUCUCGAACUUCCCACUGGGCUUCGACACGGAGGUGGGCGACCGCGGCGCACAGGUGUCGGGUGGCCAGAAGCAACGCAUCGCCAUCGCGCGCGCCAUUCUGCGCGACCCGGACGUGUUACUUCUGGACGAGGCGACGAGUGCACUGGACAACGAGAGCGAACACAUUGUGCAGGCGUCGCUGGACGCUCUGGUGGUCCAGAAGCAGCGCACGACGAUUGUGGUGGCUCACCGUUUGUCGACGAUUCGGAAGGCGGAUAUGAUCGCGGUGACGCGUGAUGGCUCGAUCGUGGAGCUGGGUAGUCACGAGGAGCUGAUGCGGUUGCCGGGAGGUGAGUAUCGAGGUAUGGUGGAGCAGCAGGCUGGCACAGUAGCUUAACAAGAAUGGUUGGGCUGGGCAACGUACUAUGUACCGGCAGAGUAGAACAAUAGUGAUGACGCGGAGUGGAUAAUAAAGCUGAGCUCAUGUGGGCUCAACUAAAGCAUUGGGUGCAGGGUA